UAGAGGCAAUAAUUAUACAUGUGAAGUUUAAAAGUAUCCCGCCUAGUUCUAUUUUCUAAAUUAUAAAAAUAAUGAAUCAUAAUCGAACAAAUCUUACAUAUAAAAAACAGUUGUCGUUGAGUUCGUUUCUAGAGGGGAAAAAAGAAUGCCCUUCCUCGAAUUCGGAUGAGGCUUCAAACACUCUCUCAAAGAAGUUAUUGUGUGAAGAAUCAGUUAGAAAUGAUAAAAAUAUAAAAAGUCUAGCUUUUGCACCACUGGCGAAGCAACAAUCAAUAAAAAUGCUAAAUCCAAUAUUUUUGGACUCCUCAAGUGAUGAGGAGAAAGAUGAAGAACAGUGCUCUCCAAAUCGGAACAGCAGAAAUAGUAUUGGAAAAGCCAUUGUUCAGCGUUACACAUUUGAUGAAUGCAGCCAGUCUCCACUUGCACCAUUGGAAUCUAAAGAAAACAUAAAACUAGUAAAUAGAACUAUAAAUACAAAAGCUUGCAAUGAAAGCAGUUCUUUAAUAAAUCAAAAAGACAGAUAUUUGGAAAAAAACAAUGCGCAUGGAAAAGUAGCGAGAAAUAAAUAUUUACCAUCUCAGAGAGAUACAAAAUCAGAGGAAGAACGAUCAAAAUUCUAUAACAGUGAUAUCGACAGUCCUAAAACAAGUACCUCGUUUGAAGAACAACAAAAGCAAGAUUGCAGUAGCAAGUAUAUAGCGAUCACAAAAGUGUCAACAAGCUCAAAAGUGCCUACACCUGAAAAACAGAAAACGCCUGAAACCAGAAAACAUUUUGAAUGGGAUGGAUACGAAAAAAUGAUCGAAAAGAAAUUAUCCACGGAUUACGACGAAUACUUUUCACAAUUUGAAGAUAGUCACCAAAUGUCUGUGACUAAAACAAAACCUAUUUCUUUGGAAUCGCCUAUAAAAAGCAUAAAUGCUUAUGAAACAGUUUCUCCUUUGAAAAAUCAAAGCAAGGAAUAUGAUAACUCAAGUAUAAUAAAACAAUGUACUGGAAAUAAAGAUGCAACGAGUAGUCUGAAAGUCACUUUUGAUUCAAAAUUAACAGAUUACUUAAGUGCGGUCGAACAAGAUUCGACUUUUAAGAUAAGUAUAAAAGAUGCCACAGAUUUGGAAUUAAAAACAAGUAAUACUUUCUUCAAAUCUACUUACAAUGAGUUACUGGAGAAACUUGUACAAAUUUUUGAUCAAGUGCCUGUUAGCUUCUUCAGUGGGAUCGAAGGAUUUGACACAAAAUGCUAUUUGCGUUUGAAAACAAUGCGAAAUAAGUUGAGAGCGCGUUCAAAACUUGUACAAACUGAAUUAGAGAAGCGUGAAAAAAAAACACGAAUUAUUAAAGAUGAUCCAUGCGACCUGGACUAUGACGCUUUAGAAGCAGAAGAGAUGCUAAUGCGUGAAGAAUGCAAGAAUCAAGACUCUGAAAAGAUUACAAGAACGCCUGAAAAUAUUUGGAGUAAUUCACUAAUGAGUCGCAUUUCCUCAGAUGAAACGGGGAAAAGUAGUUCAAAAACACCAGAUUUGUCUGAAAAUAUACUUACUGUUGAUGAUACGGAUGAUGAAGAAAUGGAACAAGCUUACUUGACACAAGCCAUCGCUUUAGAUAAUGAGGAAUUGGAUUCUCUACCAAAGGAAAAACUGAAUGCGAACAAUAAUAAAAAACUUGAAUUUGAAGAUGAAGACGAUUUGGAGGCUUUAAUAGCAGACAUAAAAGACCAGGAAGAUUUACUUCGUGGCAAAAAAUCGGAAUAUGAUAACUACUCAUAUAGAGAUUUCGAAGAAGAAACCACACCAAAACAACAAAUGAUUACUAAAACCACAAUCGCUGCAGCAGCCAAAGUUUCACCCGACGACCUACAACAAUGGUCAACACAAACAGAUGACGAUGGCUGGCAAGUUUAUGACCCAGAAAAAUUCGAAAUUGCUGCCUCACAAGCUAUACUCUUGGAUUCACCUGUGUCUAAAUCGUCCGUGCCAAAUAAAAAAGAAGUAUUCUCCGCAAUGAAUAUUACUAUAAGCGAAGAUGAAAAUGACAAUAUGCCAUCUACAAGUGCCGCUAGUUUACGGAAGCUUAAUGCACCCAUUACAAUUACAUCAAGUCCAUCACCUCUGAAGACCGCACAAAAAGUUGACGGAAACUUCCAUGCAAAUACACAUAACGAUGGCAUUACCGGAGAAUUCGAUGGUUUUAAAUAUCCGCAUUCGCAAAACGUUAAAGAAGCAUUGAGUAGCAACUUUGGCUUAAAAAGUUUCCGACCCAAUCAGUUGCAGGUGAUCAACGCAGCCCUACUGGGACACGACUGUUUUGUGCUAAUGCCAACCGGGGGCGGAAAGUCUCUUUGUUAUCAGUUGCCAGCCUUACUAACCGAAGGUGUUACAUUAGUUAUAAGUCCUUUGAAAUCCCUAAUACUAGAUCAAGUUAAUAAACUGGAGUCCUUAGAUAUAUAUGCGAAAAGUUUAUCAGGCGAACAGACACUACAGGAAAUACGUGCAAUUUUCUGUGAUCUAAAAACCAGUCCACCUCGAAUUAAAAUACUUUACGUAACACCAGAGAAGAUUUCAAGCUCACCACAAUUCCAAGACUUGCUCGAUGAUCUGUAUGCCAGCAAUUAUAUUAGUAGAUUUGUGAUAGAUGAAGCCCAUUGUGUGUCGCAGUGGGGACACGAUUUUCGUCCAGAUUAUAAACGACUUGGUAUAUUGCGAAAGCGUUUUCCCAAAGUGCCGACAAUGGCCUUAACCGCCACCGCUACGCCACGCGUACGUCAUGAUAUACUACGACAAUUAAACUUGACUCACACCAAAUGGUUCUUAUCUAGUUUUAAUCGCAGCAAUUUAAAAUAUUCGGUACUUCCUAAACGUGGUGUUAGCACAUUGGAAGACAUGAAAGCUUUUAUAAAUGCACGUCCCUCUAAUUGGAGUGGUAUAGUUUAUUGUUUGUCGCGUAAAGAGUGUGAAGAGGUAGCUAACAAAUUGCACAUGGCUGGUAUUAAGUCGCUAGCCUAUCAUGCUGGCUUGAAAGAUUCAUUGCGUGAGACUCGUCAAAAGGAUUGGCUGACCGGUAAGGUGCGAGUGAUAUGCGCGACAGUGGCGUUCGGUAUGGGUAUUGAUAAACCAGAUGUCCGUUUCGUACUUCAUUAUUCACUACCCAAAGCGAUUGAAGGGUAUUAUCAAGAGGCCGGACGUGCGGGGCGUGAUGGGGAAAUGGCGCAUUGUAUACUCUACUACAAUUACUCAGAUAUGAUGAGAAUGAAAAAGCUGUUAGAUCUGGAUAAUACCGUGGCUAUGGAUGUGAAGAAAAUCCAUUUAGAAAAUUUGAAUCGCAUUGUAGGUUAUUGUGAAAAUGUUACUGAUUGUCGACGCGCCCAGCAGCUCGACUAUUUUGGUGAGCAUUUUACCAGCGAACAGUGUCUUGAGCGACGGGAGACAGCAUGUGAUAAUUGUCUCAAAAAACAAAGUUAUCAAGAAAUAAAUGUUUUGGAGCAGAGCCGUAAAGUGGCGCGUGCUGUAAAAGAUAUAUGUGGUGGACGAGCACGUUUUACCCUCUUAUAUAUAGCUGAUGUACUUAAGGGCUCCCUGAUAAAACGAAUUGUGGAAAGCGGUCAUGAUAAAACACCUCAUCAUGGUGCAUUCAAGGAAUGGGACAAAACAGAUAUUCAACGUUUAAUGCGAAAAAUGGUUUUGGAGGGUUACCUACGUGAAGAAUUGAUAUUUUCCAAUGACAUUCCGCAGUCAUAUAUCUAUUUGGGUCCAAAAAUACAGACGUUAAUGCAAGAGAGUGUAACACUUAAAUUUGCUAUAUCACGUAAGGAGAGCUCAAAACGAGCACUUCCCGGCUUUAGCAGUGGUAUUGUGGUAAGCACGAGUAAAACUACAUCAGCUGGCUCCACACAGUUACGUUCAAUAUAUGAGCGGUGUUAUGCGGACCUCUUGGAUUUGUGUAGAACAAUUGCUGCUGCACGAAGUGUUACCAUGGCAAGUAUUAUGAACAUGCAGGCAUUGAAGGCCAUGUCAGAAGCACUACCUGAGUCAGAAACUGAUAUGCUGAGUAUACCACACGUCACCAAAGCGAAUUUCGACAAAUAUGGUGGCAAAAUGUUGGAAAUAACACGAAAUUACGCUGCCGAGAAACUUUGUCUUUUGAUGGAUCUAGAGGAUGCUCAUUUGCUUUCGCAAAAAGCAAAUAGUGAAAAGGCUGCAAAAACUAAUUCAUUUGCUUCUUGCGAUUCGGAUGAGGAUGGCGAUAGUUGGGCUACUGCGGCCGUUUCACAGGGCAGUAAGCAAAAUGGUGGUAAGCGUAAACGGGCAUGGAGGGGUGGCGGUGCAAAACGUACCAAAAAGGCAACUGGCUGGGCAUCAAGUGGUAAAAGUCCUGCGAAACGCACAUAUACAAAAGCGAGAAGUGGGAGUACUACUUCACCAAAACCGGGUCGUCGAAAAGCUGUCGGCAGUAUCAGCAGCAGAGGGCGCGGGGGUGGAAAAAGUGGCAACAAUGCCUGGAUAUGCAAAAAAUCGAGUUCUACUGGUGCUUUCGAGUUGAUGCCGUUGCCGAAAUCGAAAUAGUAGAGCUUAAGGAAUUUAGUUAUUAACAAUUUAGAUUAUAGGAUAUACUUGUUUACAAAUAUUGUUCGUAUUUCUAAAAAUAGAUACUGUUUUAUA